AUGCCUGAUUCCCCAGAUAAAAGGGCAUCCCCUCCUUUAGCCUUAUCCGUAUCCCAAAACCGAGUCUCUCUGAGGAGAACACAACAGAGCUUCGAAUGAACGCGCUUUGAAUAUCUUUGCUCUCCAAAGCAAUUCGCGGCUUCACUAUCGAACUCAAGCCCGCGCCAUUCUGUGGGAGUCCCGCGAAGUAUGGCGGCAACGCUCUGCGAUUCACCUUCGCUGAACAACUGCCUCUCUGUUUCUUCUUUUACUACGAAAUCUCUCCUCGCCCAGAAGAACCAUCACCAGAAAAACUUUAUAGUUAGCACUCCUUUUGGGAGGAAUGGAUUCCUAUUUGGAGCAAAAACAUCGAAAUUGCCCAGUAGGAGGAGACGGAGGAUGGUUGCCUCUGCGUCGCUGGGGGGUUUGUUGGGUGGGAUUUUUAAGGGGACCGACACGGGAGAGUCUACAAGACAACAGUAUGCCGGAACUGUUGGUGUGAUCAAUCGAAUGGAAGCUGAGAUUUCAGCAUUGUCGGAUUCGGAGCUGAGGGAAAAGACUUCCGUGUUGAAGGAGAGGGCACAGAAUGGGGAAUCUUUGGAUUCUCUGUUGCCCGAAGCAUUUGCUGUCGUGAGAGAGGCUUCAAAGAGGGUUCUAGGCCUCCGUCCUUUUGAUGUGCAGCUUAUUGGUGGCAUGGUUCUUCAUAAGGGAGAAAUAGCUGAAAUGAAAACUGGGGAAGGAAAGACCCUUGUUGCUAUCUUACCUGCUUAUUUGAAUGCAUUAAGUGGGAAAGGAGUCCAUGUUGUUACUGUAAAUGAUUAUUUGGCUCGGCGAGAUUGUGAAUGGGUUGGUCAGGUUCCCCGUUUUCUUGGAUUGAAGGUUGGCCUAAUCCAACAGAAUAUGACAAGUGAACAGAGAAGGGAAAAUUACUUAUGUGACAUAACAUAUGUCACCAAUAGCGAACUUGGUUUUGAUUACUUGAGAGAUAAUCUUGCCACGAGUGUUGAAGAGCUGGUCUUGAGGGGUUUCAAUUAUUGUGUAAUUGAUGAGGUGGACUCCAUCCUUAUUGAUGAAGCGAGAACUCCUCUCAUAAUAUCUGGGCCUGCGGAAAAACCUAGCGAUCGAUAUUAUAAAGCUGCAAAGAUAGCUGCAGCCUUUGAACAAGAUAUCCAUUACACUGUGGAGGAGAAGCAGAAGACAAUACUACUAACAGAACAGGGUUAUGAGGAUGCUGAAGAAAUUCUGGGAGUGAAAGAUUUAUACGAUCCCCGGGAACAGUGGGCAUCAUAUGUUCUCAAUGCAAUUAAAGCAAAAGAACUAUUUCUUAGAGAUGUAAACUAUAUUUUACGUGGAAAGGAGGUGCUUAUUGUGGAUGAGUUUACUGGUCGAGUUAUGCAGGGGAGGCGAUGGAGUGAUGGACUUCACCAAGCAGUUGAAGCAAAAGAAGGUUUGCCUAUUCAGAAUGAAACUGUGACGUUGGCAUCAAUUAGCUAUCAAAACUUUUUUCUCCAGUUUCCAAAGCUUUGUGGCAUGACUGGCACUGCAGCAACUGAAAGCACAGAAUUUGAAAGUAUAUACAAGCUGAAAGUUACGAUUGUGCCUACAAACAAGCCCAUGAUAAGAAAGGAUGAGUCCGAUGUAGUUUUCAGGGCAGCUACAGGAAAAUGGCGUGCAGUUGUUGUAGAAAUUUCUCGAAUGCACAAGACUGGUCGCCCAGUGCUUGUUGGCACAACAAGUGUUGAGCAGAGUGAUGCAUUGUCAGAACAGUUGCAAGCAGUUGGAAUCCCUCAUGAGGUUCUCAAUGCAAAACCAGAGAAUGUGGAGAGAGAAGCAGAAAUUGUUGCACAGAGUGGUCGUCUAGGGGCAGUAACAAUUGCUACUAAUAUGGCUGGUCGUGGAACAGAUAUAAUUCUCGGAGGUAAUGCCGAAUUUAUGGCAAGGUUGAAGCUACGUGAAAUGCUUAUGCCAAGAGUUGUUAAGCCAUUUGAAGAAGGUUAUAUCUCAGUGAAGAAAGCUCCUCCCACAAAGACAUGGAAGGUGAAUGAAAGUCUAUUUCCAUGCAAAUUAUCCAAUGAAAAUGCCAAGUUGGCUGAGGAUGCUGUAAAGUUAGCUGUCAAAACUUGGGGCCAGAGAUCGCUGAUUGAGCUUGAAGCAGAGGAACGUCUAUCUUACACCUGUGAAAAGAGUCCGGCUAAGGAUGAAGUCAUAGGCAAGUUGCGGACUGCUUUCUUAGAAAUUGUUAAAGAAUAUAAAGUCUAUACCGAGGAAGAAAGGAGGAAGGUUGUAUCAGCCGGUGGACUCCAUGUUGUGGGAACAGAACGACAUGAAUCACGCCGAAUUGACAACCAGCUGCGUGGUCGAAGUGGCCGGCAAGGGGAUCCUGGAAGUUCCCGUUUUUUCCUUGGCCUCGAAGAUAACAUCUUUCGAAUUUUUGGUGGAGACAGAAUCCAGGGUUUGAUGAGAGCCUUUAGAGUUGAAGAUCUACCAAUUGAAUCCAAGAUGCUGACUAAAGCUCUGGACGAAGCUCAGAGGAAAGUGGAGAAUUACUUUUUUGAUAUCCGGAAGCAAUUGUUUGAGUUUGAUGAAGUCCUGAACAGCCAAAGAGACCGUGUGUAUACAGAAAGAAGACGAGCACUUGAAGCUGAGGAUCUCCAGUCCCUUCUGAUUGAAUAUGCUGAAUUGACCAUGGAUGACAUCUUAGAGGCAAAUAUUGGUUCAGAUGCUCCAAAAGAAAGCUGGGACCUUGAAAAGCUUAUCGCAAAACUUCAACAGUAUUGCUAUCUGUUGAGUGAUUUGACUCCAGAUUUGCUGAGUAAAUGCUCAACUUAUGAGGAUGUGCAGGAUUACCUUCGUCUGCGUGGUCGUGAAGCAUAUUUGCAGAAAAGGGAUUUAGUGGAAAAAGAAGCCCCAGGAUUGAUGAAAGAAGCUGAACGAUUCUUGAUUUUGAGUAAUAUUGAUCGCUUGUGGAAGGAGCACUUGCAAUCACUCAAAUUCGUUCAGCAAGCUGUAGGCCUACGUGGAUACGCACAGCGUGAUCCACUUAUUGAAUAUAAACUUGAGGGCUAUAAUCUCUUCUUGGAGAUGAUGGCUCAAAUAAGAAGAAAUGUCAUAUAUUCUAUAUACCAGUUCAAACCUGUGUUGGUAAAUAAGAAGGAUAAGGAAAAGGGUCAGAAUGAGAAACCGGGCAAACUUGUUACAAAUGGCCAUGGCAGUGCGAAGAACCCUGAGCCGGUUGGUGCUGCAGAGCCCUCGAAAUCAUCUGCCAGCCCCCAGGCCAGUGCAUAACUUCUUCCAGCGGAACGACUUGUGCAAAUUUUAUGAACUAUUCAUAAGCACUGUUCAAUUCUACUUAGAAGCAUGUAAUUAUUUGUUGUAUCUUGUAAAGUGUCAUAUUUACAAGCCUGCACAGAAAUGUUCCUGUCAGCUGUUACAUGAAAAACCACAUCAUUUAUACUUGUAAACGCCUGUAACAUAUAAUUAUUUCCUUCGUAAUUAUAAGCAAUGGGAAGAUUAGUGAAGUACCCUAAAA